AAAUAUUUGGCACUAUUUAUUUCAAACUUCUUUGUAUAUAUUCCGACUCCCACCUCCAUAACCCUAGCAAAAUAACACCAAAAAAGAAAAGGAAAAAAUGACUCUGCAGAUUCCCUUGAUUCCAUUUCUCACAUUCAUCACACUCUUCUUCCUAAUCCUGAAGAAAACCCGAAAGCCCGUUAUUAACGCAGCAAAACUCCCUCCAGGCCCGCGACAGCUUCCAAUCAUCGGCAACCUCCACCAGCUGGGCAAACUGCCUCACAGGUCGCUUCAAAAGCUCUCCAAAACCUACGGCGAUCUCAUGUUCCUACAGCUCGGAUCCGUGCCCACGUUAGUCGUCUCAUCGGCCGAUAAGGCCCGCGAUAUCUUCAAAAACCACGACCUCGCCUUCUCGGGCCGGCCCUCUUCUCUCUACGCAAUGAAAAAAAUGUGUUACAAUCUCUCCUGCGUCUCGGCCGCACCGUACGGGGACUACUGGAGAGAAGCGAGGCGAAUCGUGGUUCUGGAACUGAUGACCGCGAAACGGGUCGAAUCUUUCCGCCACAUACGGGUCGAGGAAGUGGGUAGUUUGAUCGAGCGGAUCUCCCGUGCGGGUCCGGACCCGGUCGACCUGAGCUCCGCGGUGUUCGCCAUGUCCAACAACGUAGUCAGCCGCGCCGCGUUCGGGGAGACGGACGUUAAGGGGAUGGGGAGGAGUUUCCAGGAGAUUUUUCAUGAGACGCAGAGCCUCGCCGUAGAGUUUAACGUGGCCGAUUAUUUCGCGGGAUUGGAUUGGAUUAAUGGGAUCAACGGCGUCGACAGGCGGAUAGGGGACAAUUUUAGGGAUAUGGAUGUGUUUUUCGAGGGGGUCAUCGGAGAGCAUCGUGAUCGGAGGGUGUUGGAUUCCGACAAGGAAGAUAUAAUUGAUGUGUUGCUUCGAGUGCAGGAGGAUUCUGAGCUCACGGAUGAUCAGAUCAAGGCUAUCCUCUUGGAUGUAUUUGUGGCGGGAACUGAUACUUCAGCAGCAACAGUAGUAUGGACAAUGGCAGAACUCAUCAGAAAUCCAACCAUUCUGCAGAAAGCUCAGCAACAGGUGCGAGAGAUCGUGAAAGGGAAGGCCAAGGUGGAAGAAUCAGACCUUCCCAAACUCAUAUACCUAAAGCACGUCGUCAAAGAGUCAUUCAGGCUCCACCCACCAGCGCCGCUGCUACUGCCACAUGAAACCACGGACCUCUGCGUCAUUGACGGCGGCAAGUACGAGAUUCCCGCCAAAACGAGGGUUUUCUUCAACGCGGCUGCGAUCUCCGCGGAUCCUGCAGUUUGGGUGAACCCUGGAGAUUUCUUGCCGGAGAGGUUCGAGGACGGCCGCGUCGAUUUCAGAGGGCAGCAUUUCGAGCUGUUGCCGUUCGGCGCCGGGAGGAGGGGUUGCCCCGGAAUCAGUUUCGCGAUGCCAGUGGUGGAGCUGGCGCUCGCGAAUCUUCUAUUCCGCUUUGAUUGGAAGCUUCCAGAAGGAGUAUCGGUUGAGGAUGUUGAUAUGGAGGAAGCGCCGGGGAUUACUAUGCAUAAGAACAUUCCUCUUCGCUUGGUAGCUUGCCCGGUAAAUCAGUAGAAGCAUGUUGUUGGUGCAGAGAUCUUAUAUUAUAUUCUAAAAUAUCAUUGUGUUUUAUGCUGAUUUUAAUAUAAUAUGCUGAAAAUUAUAAUGAUCGUUUUACUAUUAGUAACUCAACUCUAUUCAUAUGUACUCGCUCUGAUUCACUAUA